AUGGGUGGGGUAGGACGGCGGAGUCAGGCCGGUCAUUUUGGGACCGGUCCCGACCCGAGUGGUGGCCGGAUGAAUGAACGGCCGGCCAAAACGUGGCCGGUCACGGUGGCUGUCGCGAAAACCAGAGGAGAGAGGGAGAGACGCGCGGGAGAGAGAGAGUCCGUCAGAGACGGGGGCAGUUCCGUCUUUUUAACCAAAAACCUCUUUCAAAAUAUUUACAAUUUUGCCACUGGUGAUGUUUUGCCCGUAACUUCUUCGUUACAGCUCCGAUUCGAGCCCACUACGUGUCUACGAACUCAUCUCACCAUGCUCUACGUAACGGUACCUCCGGAAUUCCCAAAUUCCUUCCGGGGGAUAAAUUUGGAGUCGGGGUGUUACAUUGGUUGUGUGAAAGGAGCACCAUGCAGGAACAAAUCGUCCAAAUAUUCACACCACCCUACAACACAACUACUCUCUCAACACCAGUUUACACCCCAUUAG